GAGAACGGAACAGUGAAUAUGUUCGCGUGUAAAGUUAUCCUUUUAAUUGGUUUGAGUAUAGGCUCAGUAAAAACUGAUCCAUUCUAUCGUAGGGACUAUACCUACAAUGGUACAUAUGAUGCUUUUUACAAAUUGCACACCAAGCAAGUAUCCUACGACGAGGCAAUAGCUACAUGUACUGACGAGGGAAGUCAGCUAUUUUAUGCAAAAACAAAAAAUGAAUGGACAAUAGUAAAACAAUUGGCAGAUUUCAGUGAAUUGAGUAAUAUAACACAUAUUUUUGUUGGAGAUCACAAUAUAUUCAACGAUGGAGAACUUAUAAUCGUCGAUGGUCAGACACCAUUCCCAAACGAAUACGGAUGUACGCUAAUGAAUAUAAAUGCUGGAUUUUUAUAUACUGGAAAUUGUUUUGUUUCCAGAGAGAAUGAAGAAGCACCAAAGGAAUAUUUUCUUUGUAAAAGAAACAUUUACGAGGAAUGCCCAACUAAUGAUAUAAGAUAUAGAUAUAAUGAAAAUGCUAAGAAAUGUUACAAAAUAAAUUACACUGAGAAGACUUGGUCACUUGCGGUGCAAACAUGUUACGUGGAAGGUGGUAUUUUGGCAAUUAUUGAAAACGACGCUGAGGCAAAAGCUAUUGCAGAAGUAACAAGAUUUAAUACGAAGUAUUUUGUUGGCUUCCGUACUCGACUUAGAUGGAAUGGUAUAGGAUCGACAAUUGAUUAUUAUAACUUAAAAGGAAAAUAUCUCCGUGAUACCGGAUUUAACUGGUGGUAUUCUAAACAAAAUGGUCUUUUCAAUAUUGAUGUUCUUGGCAAUGAAACAUACGACGCUGAAAAUUAUGAAUGUGAAACUAACUCCAAUGACGAUCUUGGCUGUGAUGAAGAUGCUACAGAAAGUGAAGGUAUUAGUUGUGGUGUCGUCGUGAAAUAUAGUACUUCUGGUUAUAAAGCUUCUGACUGCAAUACAGCCAGGCCAUUUAUCUGUCAAAUGGAAGUUCAAUAAAAACUGAAGAUUUUUAAGAUUAUUAUUGCAAAGCUUAAUACAGUAAAUUAAAAACAGCUUUGAAUAUUAUUAUUAUGAAUUAAUUAUAUACCUUACCCACUUA